AAAAACGAAAAAAUAUAUAUUGAACAAACCAGGGAGAUGUUGUCGUUCGACCUUUUCUAAAUUAAAUUGUUACACGAAAGAGGGGACAAAUGCACAAGCCGAAUCGUCAGCCUAAUUUUAGAUUCCGUCGCAUUCGUCUCUCCGUUCCGCGCAGACACACAAGCAGAGCUCCCGUAAAUGUUACAUUAAAUAUACAAUAUUUGUCCCGAUAACAAAAUGUCUCUGACGAAGAAGGGAACCGUCUCACUUGACGAAUUUCGUCGUAGCGUACACGACGAAAUUGCGUCGCGAGAAUCGUUAGCGACUCGCUUCGCGAAAUUGUCCAGGUCGGGCGACAGACGGGGAAUGAUCGAGAUGCUUGUAGAAAUGCCCCAAGUGGCGGGGCUAGACCCGGGCGACUCGUAUCAGGGUAAGGACGACGCGCAGGCAGUGCGGUUGUACGAGAGAUCGCUUAAGGCGGCGGCGGCGGCGAUGACGACAACGACGGAGCCUGGGGAUGAGCACGCGGAGGAGCUUAGAACGUGUAACAUUCUCACGAAAGCACUGUUUGCGGCCGGUGCGAGUGGCAGAGUGUUCCUGGACGCGGUCUGCGAACGCGCCAGACGUUCCUACCGUCUGCGCGCAUACGCGAGAUGUCUUCGGGAUUGCGAGUGCGUGCUGGCGCUUCGGAGUUUCUAUGACGACUCCGAGGGAAACGUCAGGUACUUGGUGCAGCGUAGAAAGGAGUGCCUGCAGCUGGAACGGGAGUGCUCCCGGAAAUUAGAGACAAACAGGUCCUCCAGGAAACGUGGCGGGAGAACGUCCUCGUCCUUCUCCUCUUCCUCUCUGUCGCUCGGGAAGACGCCCGUCGUCGACGGCAAGCCGCACGACCGUCUCGCGAGCUGCCCGGAUAGCGUCGAGCUGCGUUCCGACGAGGCCAGGGGCCGGCAUCUCGUAGCUACAAGAGACAUCAGACCGGGAGCUGUACUCAUUGUCGACCGGCCGUUUUCCUUUAGUACAGACGCACCGGCUCUCGGCAGGAAUUGCUUGCAUUGUCAUGCCACACUUAAGUUAGAAGACACCGUGAAAAUCCCAUGCCGUAAUUGCCAAACAGUGUCUUUCUGCACGGAAACGUGCCGCGAGAAGGCUUGGGAGACGUAUCAUCAGUACGAGUGCACGAUAUUCGAUCAUUUCUUCGAGAAUGUCUUGAACGACAGACGCCAGCAAACAUCUUAUCUCUUGCUAGCUUAUCGCACGACGGUCUUACAAGCGUUAUCCUCGCGAAACGGCGCACGUUUGCAUCCUGAUCUCUUCCGAUAUCACGCCGGUGAUCAAAGAAGUAUAGAAGAUGAGAAGGAAUACGCGAGAUCGGGCUCGAGGCAAACGUACGAUCCUCUGGAUUAUCGAACGGUAUUCCAGCUGGAGACUCAUUCCGCCGACAUGGAACCUAACGCGAAUCUCAUUCGCGCGAUUCAGGCGAUCUUCCUCGCGAAAUGCCUCAUCUCCGUCCUGAAUAAACUAGAAGACUGUACGAAGGAAAUGUUCGUUCCACUGGCCGUGGCUAUGUUCCACCAUUUGCAGGCGAUUAAUUGCAACGCGUACGAGAUCGUCGAAAAUGUUCACGGGGAGACGACACGCGUCUGGGAACCCAGGAAUAUCGGCGGCGCGAUUUACACCACGGUCAGCCUCGUCAAUCACAGUUGUUAUCCCAAUGUGGUUCGCCAUUCUUAUCCCAAUGGAAUAGUCGUGGUCAGAGCGCUGCGCUUCAUCGACAAAGGAUGCGAAUUGCUGGAUUGCUACGGACCUCAGUUCCUCAGCGAGUGCAGAUUGACCAGACGCGAGCUCUUGUGGAAGAAGUAUCGAUUCCUGUGCGGAUGCGACGCCUGCACGCAAGACUGGAAGUUUCCGCUGCCUGAGACGAUGUAUUACAAGUGUACAGCGUGUUCCGGACCGACGGAUGUCCCGGUGAUGAGCGCAAACGUUUCGCAGGAUGUGGCGAGUCGACAGUGCGCCAGAUGCGAAAAGACAAUCGACGUGAAAAAACUCGAGAAACAGCUUCGUAAAUCGAUUCAGAAGAGAGUAAACGCUGUCGCGAAGAUGUAUCAGGGAAAUUACAAGGAUGCGAUUCCUCUGUUAUUCGAACACGCAUUUUUUGUCGAGAAAAACUUGGUUGAACCUAAUAUCGAAGGCAUUAAAACGGAACAAUGUAUCGUCCAAUGUUACAAUUCUUUAGGCUUGAUCUCUAUAUAAUAAUCUCAGUCUGCUGAUAAUAAUCAUUUAGACUAUUCGUUAUUUAAAUAGCUUUUUCAAUAAACUAUUACAAAUAAUAUAUAAUUGAAUUAUUAUUAAUAGAUUAUUUAAAUCAACUAAUUAAAUAACUACUGUAAAUGAGACUAUUUAAAAUAGUAGCGAAAUAGUUACUUAAAUUUUUGUGUCAGUUUCCUACUUUUUACACAGCUUUGUAAAAAGUUGCAAUGUAUAUCUGCAUAAGAGUAUACUUUCAGCUAUUUUAGAAAAUAUUUUUAUAAACAUAGAAAAACAGGAAAUAUUUGCAGCACAACGUUCUUCACCCUUAAGUGCAUUAUCAUUAACAAUGCAAGGCAAUGCAAGAUUAGAGUGAUGAAGAAGCAUAUAAUUUCCGUGUAAUAAAACAUAAAAAAAAAAAAAAAAAUUAUUACAAAGUUAUUUCACACAAGUCAGAGUGUAUAUAUUAACGAUUAGUAGAUAAUUAGAAAAUCGAGCUUAAACUAUACAAAUCCUUGCAAAUCAAACAAUAAUUCGAUGUUGCCAUAAAUGCGUAUUUUAUGUAUGAUAUUAUGUGCUUUCUUCAUGCUCGUACAAUAAAAUUAGGUAAUGAAAUAUAUCAGGACCAUUGCUUCAAUUGCGAUACAUAUAUACCUUACUUGCAUGAGAAAAAUAAGAAUUAUGUACAUACGGUGGUCCAUCAUAUACAUCGGUUAAAGUACACACUUUAACUUAGUUGAUUAAAACACAGAUGUAAUACCUAAAUUCAACUAGAAUUCCAUGGUUUAGGCGUUCGAUUACCACAUGUGUGUCUCCCUAAUUUCACUAAUGAUGUGACCAGCUAAGGUUAAUGCCUGCAGAAUAAGAGCAACCGUUAGAAAUCAAAAUUCGAAAUGAAGAAAUUAUAUAUGUAAUGUUUUAUAUAAUAUUUUAUAUACCUUAAGCAUGUCUGCCGUUUCUUUACGUCUAACAGCAAUGUGCUCGCUCUCAACCAACAGAACCUCAGCCUGAUCUGAUUUAUACAAAUGUGUGACAAGUUCACUUUGUAAAUUAUCUUUCACAUGGUUGACUAGAAAAUGCAUAACAGCCUUUGGUACACUAUCUUGAAUGGACUUUCGUACAAUAUAAAAGUAUGAUCUUAUGAGCCUUUCUGUGAACAAAGAUAAGUAAAUGUUAAAAAUUAUAAUUUC